ACAAAAACCAAAACCAUCGCAAUGUCGGCAUCUGAAGAGCGGGCUCUUCUGGAGCUGAACCUGCGGCGGGAGACGUGGUGCCAGGUGGAGAGGAGCCCCCGGCAGUCCUGGGAGAGGGCCGAGCGGAGGCACUACCGGGGUCACCUGAGGACCAGCCCGGUCCUGCUCACCGCUCUGACCGCCGGACCGCAGCGCAGGGCGGCCCGCAACGAGCCGCCGCCCCCCGCCAAGCUUCCGGAGAGAAGGCACUUCGCGGAGAGCUAUAAAUCACACCUGGUGUAG